AUGUAUCCCGCUGGCUCACCUCAUAUCGCGCCAGACUUCGCUUCUUUCACUGUAAAUCAACUGGCGCGGCAUUCUUUUUAUUCUGUUGUAGAAGUCCAUUCUCUUUUCUACGCUAGGUUAUCCAAACAGUCUCUUGAAAGGACCCAUGAUAGGCCUCAAGUUUUAUAUCUGGAUGUUACCGUACUAAUCUUUUUUGCACAACAAACCGUUUUGCCGUAUAAACAAUUUUCGUUGUGGGCUGAUGCAGUGAUUUUCGUGUACAGUGUUGACAACCAGGAAAGCUUUGAAAGAGUUCGACACUUCUAUAGUCAUAUGAACAAAUUUCGAAACGUUGCCGAUAUGCCUGUCUUGCUGGUUGGUACAAAGGAUACUUUGUCCGAGAAGAAUCCUCGCGUAAUUAGCGAAGAAGAGGGCAAGCAGAUGGCAAAUCACUUGAAACGUUGCGCCUACUAUGAAACAUGUGCAACCUAUGGAUUAAAUGUAGAACGUGUCUUCAAAGAUGGUAGCUACCUGAGAAUUAGGCAAUUAUUAGAAAACGUCUUUGGAGCCACUGGGUUCCAUGCUUCCGGUACUGUCACUACUUGCGCUUUCACAUGGUAG